AUGCUCCUAACUUAUCACGAUAUACCUCCAGUCAAAUUCUGGCUACGGCUUCAGAAUAUCUGUACAAUUACACUUUAUGUCAUAUUUUUGUUAUGCCUGACGUCAAAUUUCUACGUUCUAUUUUGUCGUGAAAAUACAGUUUUCUAUUUGCGAACGUACCACUUGGUAAUAGGUGGUCUGAUGCUAUCAUGUAUAUUUAUCAUGAUUGAAUUUUUGUACCGUUCCCGAUAUGUACCAAAACUUGAUGAGCCUCAUGAAAUACCAAUUCCGGCACUAAUAGGCGCUGUAGCACUUUCUGUUGGUGUUUCUGUUGGAUAUUUAUAUUUGAUGAUGUAUAAUUACGCUUUUCGUAAGUGUGACAAGCUGGUAGACAUCACUUACGGAUCUGAGCUUUAUUUAGAUAGUAUUUACUCAGCAAUGAUGAUACUGUUUACUCUCUUUUCACUUGCAUAUAUAAUGCAAAGACGUUAUUACGGGUCCAUAAACACAAACUUAGACCGUGUAAAUCGCCUGUAUAUUAAUAUCACGUUUUGUAUUGUAUGGAUUAAAGUGGUUAUCUAUAAAGGUUAUCUCAGCCAUGAAGAGUUAUGCCAACGUCAUGAGCUUGAACAGUAUUGGUGUCCAGUGUUACAAAGAAAAUAUGAAUGUGAACCUGAAGAAGAUCUGCAUGGAACACAAAGAAUUUGGUAUUAUUUGCACAGAGGUUUGUUGGAAAUAGCCGUUAUGUCAUGCGCAUCAGAAAUUUACCCGGUCUUAUUAAUUGCACAUUGGUUGGCCUGCGGAAAUGCGGAAGAAACUGCUGAACAUUUUCUUAAGAAGCAAAGAAGAGGAGUACGGUCAAUACUUCGAGAAUUUGUCAACAAUAUUUCAACGGUCGCAGUUGAAGCCAAUGAAUCUGGACCGUCCCUGCAUAUUCGACCGUUUAUAAAAAUAAUUUUUAAUUUACUCACCACUGUCACAACUGUGCUUCGUACCAAAAUAAUACUACUGAUGAUAAUUCGUUGGCUGGUCCUACUCUACUAUUCGAUGGAUUACAAUAAUUUGUGGCCAGAGCACUGGAUAACAAAUGAUGCCGUCCAAGUUGUUGCUUUCUUCUCCCAAAUGAUCUUCUUCAUUUUUCUUUAUAUUUGGAGCAGAAAACUGCGUUCACACAGACUUGAUGCGCAUCAUAGAGCCAGCGCACGUGGGGACGUUAUUAUUUUGUUUGGCUGCUGUGUCUUUCUGUUUGUCAAGUUUCUUCUUCAACUGAUGGAAGACACUUUCCAGUUUACUGACAAUUACUAUAAUGUCAAAGAAGCAGUAACGCUCUGGACGCAGUUUCUUGCUAUCAGAAAAAUUUUAGCCAUAUCAGAUAAGGACGCGAAAAAAACCAGACAUUUCUUGUCAUUUGUAGCUGUUUCAGGUUGUCUUCUGGGCUUCAUUCAUUUUGGAUCAACAUUUUUGGAAACCACAAUUAUUCACUACCAACUUGACGAAAAAGACUAUGGUUACAGUAAGCGCACGUUAAUGACCAUGAUCUUUACGCAGACAUUGUUCCCGGCAGACUACCUAUAUGGCUUCACAGUUGCUUCAUGUUGGCUAGAAGUUAUUAUACGGUAUAUCGAGAUCGGUUUCUUCCAAGUCGGUGAACCCUAUCUCGGCGAAGAGUCUCAUCAUGGCUCCCACGCGCAUGCAGCACCAUCCCGCUUGAGUAGCACGCUGACACUGCGGACAUCAGAUGAUACUCUAAGAUUCCGUUCUAAAGCACCCCAAAUUCCAAGCAUUCCAGAAAACCGACCUAGCACGUCAACUUCGACAGAAAGCUCAAAUAUGAGUAACACGACCGUAGAGGAAGAAAGUGAAGCUGCUCGUAUUUAG